AAAUUUUUGACGUUUGUUUUGUUAUUGUUGGGUUUUUAAUUUUAAGCAAAAAUGGAGGAAGUGGAUAAUAUAAUAAUAGAUUCUUUAAGACAUAUGGAUUGUAACAUUGACUCAAGUAUAGACAGCUUAAAACAAUUUGAUGCAGAGAUGGUAGUUGAGGCAGUCUCCACUUGUUUGGAAGCUAUAUUGCCUGGGCAAAAAUUUACCAAAAAAUUACCCCCCUCAAUGAGUUUUAAACUAAAAAUAGCAUCUAGUUUAGCAGAACAAAUUAAAGAACUGGGGUUUAGAGGUGAUAUGGGUUACCAGACUAUUUUGUAUUGUAAUGAAGUGGAAAUUCGUCGGGUUUUAAUGUUUUUGAUUGAACGUUUACCCAGAGAUACAAAUAAAGCAACUCAAAUAGAGCAAACUGGUUAUGUGCCAAAAUUGGUUAAAAGAAUUGAAGAUAGUUUACGAUUAUCUUUUAAACAAACUUGGCUGCCAAGUUCCCUAUUUAAUAAUGGUGUAAGGCAUUGUGAAGAUGAUGUUAUUGUUCAAACUUUAGGAAAUUGUGCUCCUUUAAAAGCAGUAAAUUUACAAAUACCUGACACUCAGAAUAAUUUAGAUGAAGUUUUGAAAGAAUAUUGGAUUAGAGAUGUAAAUGAUGUUACUAGACAAUGUGAUAGAGAAAAAUUGAUACCCUCACUUUUGUAUAAUGAUUGUGAGUUUAGCAGUGAAGAAAGUAUUGUUAAAAUGAUUUUACAAAAUAGUUCACAUAAAUCAAAUAUUGUCAACUUAGUAAAUGCUGAUUUAAAUGUGAUGGUGAAAGAAAACACAUUACAAGGAUGUUUUAAAACUACUGAAACUGAAAAUGAGUGUGAAGUAAAAAUUAAAAAUUUAGUUAAAGAUAUUGACGAAGACAAAAUUAAAUACAAAGAACUUCAAGAAGAAGCUAAUAAGUUGGAAUUAAGUUUAUCACAGGUUUUAUCAAUGAAAAACCAGGAACAAGACCUGCUCAAAGACUCAGCAAACAAAGUAAAAUUAAAAACCAAAACAAUAGCAAUAAUUUCCAAGGAAGAAAAUUUGCAAAAACUAAGAUACCUUGUAGAAAAUGGUACUGAUAGAUUAGUGGAUUUGGCAAACCAGUGGAAUGAAGUCAGGACCCCUCUACUGGAGGAAUUUAAAAGUUUACAAAAUACUCUGACAAGUGAAGAAAUUAAACAACAGGAGGAUACAUCUAAGCUGAAUUACUUGAAGGAAAGCUACAAAAACCUUGCCAAAGAUUUUAAAGAGAAGGAAGAAUUGGAACAGAAUUUAAUCGAAAAAAUUAAACAAGUUUCCAAAAAUAACAACAGAGUUUCCUAUACUAGAAGAAUCCUUGAAAUUGUUUCAAACAUUAAAAAACAAAAUGUGGAAAUUCAAAAAGUUUUAAAGGAUACCAGGGAAGUCCAAAAAGAAAUUAACACCCUAUCUGGACAAGUGGAAAGAUCUUUUACUCUAUCUGAUGAAUUAAUUUUCCAGGAUGCAAAAGAAGAUGAAACAGCCAGAAAGGCUUACAAGUUAUUGGCAGCUCUUAGAGAUGAAUGCAGUGGUAUUUUAAAAGCUGUAGAAGACUUAGGACUGUCUGAAAGAGAGUCCAGAAAUCUUCAAGAACAAGUUGAAACUGAAAAAGUAAAGGAUAUUGGCAAAAAACUGGAAAGAGUCAACCAAGAUUUGGAACAAAUGAAAAAAGAAACCAAUAUUCUUUUAAAAGGUAAUCAAUAAAAAGUUAAGAUUGGAAUAUGCAGUGCUUUAAAAUAUAAAUUAAAACCAUUCCUAAUAGAUUUAGGAAAGUUAUAUAAAAUAUUAUGUAUUAUGCUUUAAGGUUAAAAUAAAAUUUAUAUAUUUUAACAUUUAUUUAUUUACAAAAUAUUGUACAAACUAACUUUCUUGUCUGGAUCGAAUUUCAGGAGGAACAUAUCCUUCAUCAAUUUUUCUGGGCUUCUUCUUCUUACCAAACCAUUUUUUGGGAUAAAAGACUCUUUUAGCCAUAAUAUCCAAUUCAAUUUGUUCUUCAUUCUCAAAGAACCACAAUUUGGUUUCCUUUUCUUUGAUUGCUUCCUUAAGAUCCUUAACUGUUUCAAGGCGUCUUUGUGUUUCAUAUCUUUUCUGUUGUUCAUUUAAAGCCUCAAUUCUUUUCUGCUCCCAUUGUGAGAAUACCUCACAUUGCUUUGCAAUGUCUGUUUCAGAAGAAGUGUUUAUAUUUUUUUCUACUUCACUUAUAAGCAAUUUUUCCACUUCCAAACUUUCUGUCUUGAUGUCCAGUUUAUUAUCUUCAGGUAGUAAUGAUAUAACUUCUUUACACAAUGGUUUUUCAUAGGAAGAAGCAACCUUGGCAGCCUCUUCAUUUUUUCCAAAUAGUGCCAAACCCAAAACAUUAAAUGAUUUACUUAAAACAUCAUCUUUACCUUUAGUCAAAAAUACCAAAGUUUUCCCAAUAAUUUUAUUAGAAUCUCUUAAGUCAAAAUGAUCAUCAUCAUAAGGAUUCCUCAGGUAUUUAACCCUUACUUUAACUUCAUCUUCAGGCUCAGCAACAGUUUCAUAUUUAGGCCAUUCUGAAGGUUUCUCCAAAUAUUUGUAACAAUGCAAUAAACACAAACUAUCUGUUAGUGGUACUCCAAAAUCUUCCUGCAACAUAAUCUGACUUGCUACUCUAGCACCUUGCAAAUAAUCCCUUUCCUUCCAAAAAGUAUCCAACAAAAGAUUUGCUGUGUAUGAAUCCAAGAAUAAACCAUAGUUAAGUCUGUCAUCAAUGGCAUCAACUAAAUCAGACUUAUUUCCAUAAUUCAUUAGGGUUCUUAUUACUGCAUGUGAUGUAGAAUCCAAUGCAUUGUAAGCAUCUGCACUUAGGCGAAGUUUGUGCACCAAAUCAAGGAUUUCGCCAUUAAAUUGGUUAUUGUUAACAGAAUUGGUGAAUAUGUCAACGUCCACUGCACUUAUCUGCUUCAGUUUUUGAUACCUUUGGUCUACAUCAUUAUAUAAAUCUUCAGGGUUUACUUUUUGAAGCACUGGUGAGUUUAGUCUAUGUUCCCAUACCUCGUUGCAAUAAUAUGCGGGCGAUAAAAAUGUUCUUAACUGAGAAAAAGUGUAAAUACUUUUAGGUUUUCGAGUUUUGCUACAAAACGUGAUUAUUUUUAACAUUUUUUCAGAUUAAAACGACAUAACGAUUAAAAUAUAACCUCAAAAAUUCAUUCACUUUUAUU